AUGUGAUGCGCUCGGCCGAGUCACAUGAUUGUGCUGCUGGUGGUGUUGAGUGAUGUGAUCGUUGUCACACACACCUACGGACAGGUGAACCAUGGCGCGGGUUGUGUUCUUCCUCCUGGUGGCAUUCCUGAGCCGAGUGGGCGCUAUCCCCCCUCACGAGGAGGUAGCGCGAAUGGCGCGGUACGUGGUUAAUAGCUGUGACUGGGCGGCGAUGGCUACCAUCUCCACACAUAAGCCGGUUGUCGGACGGGCUUUCGCCAACGUCUUCUCGAUCAGUGACGGUCUGCAAGGGAACGGAAGUGGGGUGCCGUACCUCUAUCUGACCCCAAUGGAAAUCUCAGUACAGGAUAUCGAGAUGCAUCCAGAAGUCUCCCUGACCAUGACCUUGGCAGAGACUGACUACUGUAGAAAACACAAAUAUGAUGCUCAAAGUCCACUUUGUUGUCGUGUGAUCCUCUGUGGAACAAUUGUGACGGUGAAUGGGACGGAAAUUGAAAUUGCCAAGGAGGCUCUCUUCAAGCGUCAUCCAGAAAUGUCCAGCUGGCCAUCCAGUCACGAAUGGUACUUCGCCAAGCUGAGUAUCACCAACAUUUGGGUCCUGGAUUAUUUUGGUGGAAUAAAAACUGUAACACCAGAGGAGUACUACAAUGCCAAACCAGAAUUUGAAAGGAAUUUGACUGACGGAUGGAAAUCGUGAAUGGUGUAAUUCAGAACAAAGUGCUGACUAUUACCAAGAUGCGCCUUCACUUAAUAUUACUGUAUAGGAAAAGGAUGUGCUGGGAGACUACUUCAAAUCAAUUUAAAAGAAAAAGAAUGAGAUUUUGAAUUGAAUAUUUUAGAAAAAAAUGCUGCAAUGAAUAAUCUUGAAGUUUUGAAUCUUGCAAUUGAUUAGCAUCCUUGACUUGGAAAUGUGGUGAAGAAUUUUGAGAUUAUUUUCAUCCCUUUUUAGUUAAUAUAAUGUAAAUGGAAUAUACUAAAAUAUUGAGUUGGAAUAAAGUUAUUUCCAGCCAGUAGUUUGAAAAGUAAAAAUCUAGUUGAUAGAAACCUAAAACAAAAGGAUAGGAGAGCUCAACUUCUAUGCAAAUAGUUCAUUUCAGGUUAAUUACAUUACAAAUAAUCAGUCAUAAGCAUUGAUUCUUAUUUCAGUUUGACACAGAUAUCUAAUCUGUUGAUCUGUUACAGCAUUUUGCUUUGAUUGCUCAUUAUCUGAUUUUCCUAUCAAUUGCCUUGCAUAAAGAUAAUUAAGGUUUCUGACUUAAACAUGUUCUUAAAUUAGAACAAAUUCUUUGGUUGUAAAAAUGAAAACAAGAUCUAUAUUAAUAUUGCAUGAAAAUUUGUAUUUGUAAAAUAUCAAAGUGCCUAUUUUUGAUUAAGUAAAUGUUUGAAUCUACAAGCCUAUAGUUGUUUGCGUGUUGCUGUCCUUUCCAACCCCUCCCCAGUCCCUAUAAUCAAUUUGACUCUCUCCAGCAGCUUGUCAUGUUGAAAUGGCUAACAGUUUGGAAUAUGAGUUUAUACCCUGCAUUUUGCAAGAGGUGCACAUUAUUUGGUGGGGGUGGGGAUUGUCUAUUGUGAUUUUUUCCCCCCCUGUAAGAUUAAGCUGUCAAGGAGUGGUAAUUGGGAAGAUAAUGAUUCAUUUGUGUUGUUUUUGCACAAAUUCUGUGUGAAUUUUAUUCUGCAUCUCAAAUUUUUGGGUAAUGAUUUGGGUUACAGAAUUUUGAGGGUGAAUUUCUGUAACCCAAAUGCUUGCAACAUGCAUGAUCUGUAAUGGAAAACUUUGACCUAAGUUUGGAACUGAUUCCUAGAUGUAUGUUAUGUAUCUGUUUUCCUUCAUUUUGGCAUCCUGCCUUUACAUUCAAGGAGAUGUGUUGUUUUUCAUAUUUUCAAA